AUGACCCGUGAUGACAUAUACUCCACGAUCGUAUACUCUCUGCUAUUGAUCACCGUCUGCUUCGCCACUCCCAUCUCCGGCGGCGACGGUGAUGCGGAUGCUCUUUUGAAGUUCAAGUCAUCUCUAGCAAACGCCACCGUUCUUGGCGGAUGGGACUCCGGUGAUCCACCUUGCUCCGGGGAAAGAGGAAGCGACUCCAAAUGGAAAGGAGUGAUGUGUUCAAACGGCACCGUUUUCGCGCUCCGGCUUGAGAACAUGAGCCUCUCCGGCGCGCUGGACGUGCAAGCGCUCGGGUCGAUGCAUGGGCUCAAGAGUGUUAGCUUUAUGCGUAACGGCUUCGAAGGUCUGGUGCCACGUGGACUUGACAGGCUUGUCUCGUUGGUGCAUCUAUACAUAGCCCAUAACCAGUUUUCGGGUGAGAUUGACGGGGAUUUGUUUGACGGAAUGAAGAAUUUGGUGAAGGUUCAUCUUGAAGGAAACCAGUUUUCCGGUAAGAUUCCGAUGUCGUUGGGAAAAUUACCGAAGCUCACUGAGCUGAAUCUCGAGGGCAAUAUGUUCACCGGGAGCUUACCGGCGUUUAAACAGAAGAAUCUCGUUACGGUUAACGUUGCUAAUAAUCAAUUAGAGGGUCGAAUUCCCUUAACUCUUGGGCUCAUGAACCCCACUUUCUUCUUAGGAAAUAAGGGGCUGUGUGGACCACCUUUGCUUCCGUGUAGAUACACUCGUCCGCCGUUGUUAACGGUGUUUCUACUUGCCAUCACCGUUCUUGCCGUCUUGGUUCUCAUCACUGUCUUUUGUUCCGUUUGCAUUCUCGGCCGUCGUCAACGCCAAAGCCAAACCCCCAACCACGGCCACGGCCUCGGCGUAAUAUACGGGCAAACCGAGCAACACAGUGAGAAGAGCUCGCAGGACUCGAAGGUCUACAGGAAACUAGCCAAUGAAGCUGUGCAGCGAGAUUCCACAACAACAACAUUAUCCGAGGGAGCUCCGUCCCCAGACGAAGACAAACGAGGCGAUCAGCGGAAGCUACAUUUCGUUCGAAAUGAUCAAGAGAGGUUCACGCUCCAGGACAUGCUCCGUGCCUCAGCGGAGGUUCUUGGAAGCGGCGGAUUCGGAUCUUCGUACAAGGCGGCUUUGACUAGCGGCCGUGCGGUGGUCGUGAAGCGGUUUAGGUUUAUGAGCAAUAUCGGGAGAGAAGAGUUCUACGAUCAUAUGAAGAAGAUCGGACGGUUGUCUCACCCUAAUCUCCUUCCACUGGUCGCCUUCUACUACCGAAAAGAGGAGAAGCUUCUCGUCACCAAUUACAUUCCCAAUGGCAGCCUCGCCAAUCUCCUCCACGCAAACCGGACACCGGGUCAGAUGGUUUUGGAUUGGCCGAUCCGGUUGAAGAUUGUGAGAGGAGUUACGAGAGGUUUGGCUUAUCUCUACAGAGUGUUCCCGGAUCUGAAUCUCCCUCACGGCCAUCUCAAAUCUUCCAAUGUGUUGCUUGACCAUGACUUCGAGCCGCUCCUAACGGACUACGCUCUCGUUCCGGUGGUGAACAGGGAACAAUCGCAGCAGUUCAUGGUGGCUUACAAGGCGCCGGAGUUCACUCAGCAGGACCGGACCUCGAGAAGGUCCGAUGUGUGGAGCCUUGGGAUUUUGAUUCUCGAGAUUCUGACGGGGAAGUUCCCGGCAAACUAUCUCCGGCAAGGGAAAGGAGCUGACGACGAGCUGGCUGCUUGGGUUGAGUCGGUAGCGAGGACGGAGUGGACGGCUGAUGUGUUUGAUAAGGAGAUGAAAGCAGGGAAAGAGCACGAAGCGCAAAUGCUGAAGCUGCUCAAGAUUGGGUUGAGAUGCUGUGAUUGGGACAUAGAGAGGAGAAUUGAGCUUCACGAGGCUGUUGAUCGGAUAGAAGAAGUUGAGAGAGACGCAGGUGGUGGUCAAGAGAGUGUUCGAUCUUCGUACGUGACUGCUAGUGAAGGUGAUCAUCGUUCUUCAAGAGCCAUGACUGAGGAGUUCUCGCUAAUGUGA